UUUAAUUUUUCCCGGCAGCUGCUGCAACUUCGGUUGCAGUUGCAGUUCGUACGCGUCGCUUGCAACAUCGUCUCGCGCAUUUCGACUUCAAAUCCAAAAUCCCAAAUCCAAAAAUUCCAAUUUCGUUUUUCUCGUUUUUUGCUUUUGUGGGAAAAUGCGACAAAUUAUCCGGCUUCGAGUAUUUUUUGUCGUUCAUUAAAAAAAAAAAACGUUUUGUCGCUUGUAAUUGAGCGGCAGUUGCUUUUGUUUUGCCUUUAAAAGAGCAUUAAAACAGUGAAACAGAUAUUUGAACUGCCCAUCAGGCUGACAUAAAACAAAUGUUGCCCAUUUGUGCUGCAUGUUCAGCAUAAAUGAAGCAUAUAGCCGUGGCAACAACAGCAAUAAUCGGUUAACCCUUGCAGCGGCAACAACCAUUGGCUUAGGAAAAUGCAGUCAAGGUGCGCUUAAUUAACAUGCAACUGGCAACGUUCGCGUAGAAAAAAAAAGAAUAACAAAAACAACGACAGCCACGACAAGUUAACGACAACAACACGUUGAAAAGUGCAAUCCGCAGUAAUCAAAACAGCAAACAGCUCAAAAAAAAAGAAACUCCCGGAAAAAAAAGGUCUCGUUUUUCGCCAGAAGGUGACGAAGACGUCGAGCGGUCUAAGUUUUCGCCAAUCAGUCAGCUAAUGAUGCCCGGCCAGCAAGAUGCAACUGCAACUGCAACAGCAACUGCGGAUGCGCCCUGCAGCUGCUAAUUAAACUGCAACGGCGAGGGGAGAACAAUUGCAGCUGCAACAAUCAGCAAUUACGACUUCAACAGCAACAUCCCCAGCAUCAGCAGUAAAUAAACCAAUAAUGUCGCUGGUUUUGCGAAGUCAACGCGCCUUCAUUGAGGAAAAUGCUCGUCCAGCCUCAUCCUCCACGAAUCCCGCUCCAUCGGGCAUGAGCCGCUCGGUGCGCAGCUGCAACUGCUGCCCCUAUGGCUACCACAUCGAUCUGGACUUUGUGCGCUACUGCGAAGCUCUGGCCCAUGAGAAGCCCAGCGAAGAGGAGCAGCGGCGAAGGGACCGCAGAAGAUCCCGAAAGUCCAUGGAGUUCAUGCUGGGUUUCGAGAGUCUUUUCGGUGGCGACUGGCAGGCGGAGACACGGGUCCAGGGAAAACUGAGUGAGGCCUCACAUGAAAGCGAACCGGAUUCGCCACGCCCCAUUGGAGGCGCGUUCAACAUGUCGCAGUCGUACAACACCACUCCGUGCUACCGACCACGUUCAUCGUCCGUGCCGCGUUUCACCUAUGGCAGCAUACCGCCAAGAUCGGAAUCGCCCUUCGGCACUGCCUCCUCCACAUGCUCCUCCUUACGCGGCGGCGUGGAAAGCGAUGCUGGGAUCUAUCAUCAACGGCAUAGACCGGCAAUCAGUCCGCCGGAGACCAGGGCAUUCCUUCAUGAGGCACUCGAUGAGGUGUGCAGCGAUUUUGAGAGGACUUUGGAACGGACGUCGGUGAAGAGGCGCAAGGCGGCGCCCUAUGGAUCUAUGUCCAUGGACCGGAAUAACAACAAACUGAGUCUGAGCCUUAGUAAUGGUCAUGGUGGAUUGAAGGAACAGCGGAGUCAUCGCCUGGGCAACAGCACGUGGGAUCGGUACUUUGAUGUGGCAGAUUCCUGUAUUGGGCGCAAUCGAUCGCCCACAAGCACCCAUCGUUCGCCCUUUCUGCGUUCGAAUACUCUUCCAUUACAACAACGUCCCAGUCCGGCGGAGGUUCAAUAUGAAAGCUAUGUCCAGGCCACGGUGGCGGCCAAUGCCAAGUCACCGGUGGAGCAACUGGAGUCUGCAAAGUCUCCAGGAGUUCCUCCCCCGCCACCGCCUAGACGUCACCACCUGUUAGCCAACACGCCCACAGGGACACUAACUUCCAAGGAGGAUCGAGUACGGGAGAAUGGCUCUAUCAGCAGCAGCUCUCUGCAGUCACCUGUCAUCUCGGAAGCUGGACAGACGACUGCGGAUGCACAAGCUUUAUUCCAGAUUCGCGAACAGAUGGCCUUGAGCCUCGGGCGUCUAAAGGAUCUGGAGGAGCAAGUGAAGGUCAUUCCCGGCAUGGAGCUGGAACUCAAUUCUCUUCGCUCGGAGAAUCAGAAAUUGCUGCGCAGAAACGAGGAUCUGAUACGGAAUCAACGGCAAACGCCUUCGCCGCCAAGUCCGGGUAUCAAGAAUGCCUCCCCAGUGCAGUUUACGCCACAAAGGAUCAGUCCAGUUUCGCUGGAAAGCCUAGGAGCUCGCAUGCGCAGUAGUUCCACCUCGGCAUCCCCAUCACCAAGUGUUGUCCGUCGGGAUGUUUCCACCCAGGCAGUGGUUCGACCACCUGCCACUCGAGAUGUUUCUGUUGGCCAUCAACCCAACACUAAAAAUGUGGGUGUACAGCCCUCGGAAACUGUUUACUCCAAGGAGGAGCUGUAUGAGAAGGUGGAGCAGGCUUUGGCCACUGCACAAAAGCAACAGCUGGGCAAGCUCAUCUCGGUGGGCACCCAAAUGUAUGUCCCGAAAAUUGAGCAAAGAGAGAAAGGAAUACAAACCCUAGCGGAACGACCGAAGCUUAAAUGCAAUAUGGGGGUAACUGCGAAACCCACUACGAGGGAGAACUUCACCAGUUGCAAGCCGGAUGUUCGUCAUGUGGGCAGCUCUGAAGAUCGGUUGGAUGAUGUACUCUGCGAAAAAUGUGCCGUCAGCAAAAGAAGCGUGGCAUGUGGUCCUGAAUCUUCGCCGGAAAAAGUGAAGCCAACUCCCCAAAUGCCCGGACGUAGUAACACCUUCAGCUUGGGUGAAAAUGAGACGGUAUCAGUGGUGCGUAAGACGAUUGGUUGCCAGACGCCUGUUACCCUGGUUCUGACUGCUGGAAGUCAAACCACCACGCCCUUAGUUCGCUCGUACGGAGCCCAGGUGAAUCCUCAACAGCAGCACUCCUCUGUGCAAUGUGGCACGGAGCAGGUCUCACGACAGACUGAUACCACCGGUCUACAGCGACUCACCCGGAGUCAAACGAAGACGGAGCAAGUGUCCGAAUCAGUGCUACGUCCUUCAACCCGCCAUACAUCCAGCAACACGGAUAAGGUUGAGGAACCGCAGCCGGUCAAAGUCCGUACCAGUCACUCUUCCUGCAACACGGAGGAAGUUCGCAAGAGGGACGUGGGCUGUGGCGACAUUGUUAAACCACACAUCUCCAUUGCCUGUGCAGCCAACUACUGUGAUUCCUGCAAGGAGGCCAUCCAGGAUCUGGCCAAAGGCUUCUCAAAGUCCACUCCCACAAUACCCAGAACGGGAGGAGCAGCUCGUCGAUCUACUUCGGCGGAUUCGCGGAUACCGCGACCCAAGCACCUCACCAGUCCAAGUCCGGUGCGAAAGGAGUUCAAGCGGCAAAACACUUACACGCUGGCCACGCCCUCACCAACGCCCAGUCCACAGGUGGAGAGGAAGGCGCGAUUAAGCUCACUGCAGGAGAAGCCUCCAACCGUGUCGAGUUUCCAGACAACGGACCCCUUGUCAGAAUCCCAGAGUUUCAUCCGUCAACCGCAGAAGGACUUAUUGGAUCUAAGCCUUCUGGGUGACGACGAGCUGAUUGUGCGUGAGGAGAAGCGGGUGAGCAUUAGCUGGUCCCGGGAUGCCUCUCCAGCUCCGCUGAUGACCUCGUCGGGAACAACGAAAUCCGAAUCACCGGAACAAGAGCCGGCCAUGAGCUCGUCCAGUGAUUCAAGUCCGCCCAUCGACGUUCAGAUUGCCCAGGGAGCACGCAAGAAGUCCAGCACUCCACUCAAAUCUAGUCAAAGCGAGGGCUCCCAGGUGACUGUGAUUGAAAAGCCGGCCACCAAAGCCCAGCUCCAUCAGUUGGCCCAGGCGGAAUCGGAGCCACGGAAAAAAACCGAACUGUCCAAGGGUUUAAAAGAUGCCCUCAAGGUCAUAAACGACUCCCUGCUGAAAAAGUUGGGGGCCAAGCCCAUAUCCUCGCAGAGUCUUAAGUCGGCCAAGGCCACAAUUCAGGAUCAUUGGUUCAUUAACUCCAGUACCGGCAAGUCCGAUCCCCAUCAGGUCGAAGACUAUCUUGAUUACUUUGAAUCGCUGUCGGUGCCACUGCUGGAGUAUUGUGUCAACCUCUCCGACAGUAAUGGCAACACAGCCAUGCAUUAUGCAGUCUCACAUGGCAACUUCGAUGUGGUAUCCAUUUUGCUGGAUUCUAAGGUUUGUGAUGUAAACCAAAUGAAUAACGCCGGAUACACCUCGGUGAUGCUCGUAUCGUUGGCCAAGCUGAAGCAACCAUCCCAUCGUACAGUCGUCGAGCGACUGUUCCAGAUGGCCGAUGUCAACAUACGCGCCAAGAAGCACUGCCAGACCGCUUUGAUGCUCGCUGUGUCGCAUGGUAACGGGGAUAUGGUCAAUAUGCUCCUGGACGCCGGGGCAGACAUCAAUAUCCAGGAUGAAGACGGCAGCACGGCGUUGAUGUGUGCAGCCGAACAUGGACGCAUAGAUAUAAUCAAGCACCUGUUGUCGCAUCCAGACUGCGAUUCGCUAGUUAAUGAUGUAGAUGGUAGCACGGCGUUUAAGAUUGCAUGGCAGGCCGGACAUCGGGAUGUGGGUCUGCUGAUCUACGUCCACGAACAAAUGCUUAGGAGUAAGAUGCCCAAUCGCGGAGAUGCCACAAGGAGCUCCCUGAUAUCGCCACAGCGCCAUAAACGCCAGCCAUCGCAGUAGAGCCAUUAUGUAUUAGCGGCCAAAUCGACGAACAAACAACAGCUAGUGUCUAAGUUCUUAAUUAGCAUUUUUGUAGAGGUGCCCCAAAAUACAUUCCAUACUUAGAGCUGAGGAAAGGCACAAAAGCAGCCAGCACUUUUAUAUGUAUAUUAAUAAUACUUAGAAUUCGUUUUGGCAUAUAUAUAUAUAUAUAUAUAUAUUUUAUUUAUUUGUAAAUCUAAUUUUUAGUGCUAAUGUGUAAUGUAACUAUAUAAUUUCGAUAUUGAUUAAUCAACGAAAACAGCAGACUCUUUAAUAUAUAUAUACUAUAUCUGACACAAAACGAUCAACACUUGCUAUUAAGUACUGCACAGGCCUGAGCUACCGAUCUUAGAGUAGCCGACAAACCAACCAACCAUAUCAAGCAAUCGACAAUGCAAAAUAAAAACGAUAUAAAUAUAUACUAACCAUAAAUAACAACAAACAAUGAAUCAAAUUGACAAAAAUUUUAACAAAUCAAAAGGUUCAUCCUUAGGAGGACAAUGUGUAUUUAAUAGAAAUUAAACAAAAGCUAUUUUAAACGAAAUGUUUUUCAAAAUAAAUAAAUUCUUAAAUAAAGAAAAUGUAUUUAAAAUUAACUA